UCAGUUUUCCCGGAAAAUUUUGAUUAGAAUCGUUUUUGUCAUCGAAAUAUUCAAUCGUCUUAAAUUUCUCAAAACUUUAAAAUCAAAAGAUAGAGCAAACGCAUUUAUACCUUCACUGUUUUCACGGAAACAAAACAAAGACAGUCAAAAGAAAUGACGAUGACGAAGCCGUUCGAAUUCCACGGCGUGGAGGCGGAGAAAGCGGAAGCGAUGAGGAGGUACAACAACCGCAGACGCUUCCGGAACAUUCUACGUUCAGCCGCCGUAGCUUCCUUCUGCUACAUGUGGUUCCCGACCGUGGCGAUUUCACUUCGAGCUGCCGGCGAUUGGUUUCACCGGACCGGAGCGGUCAUUGUAACCAAUCGUUCCGUCGUCUUCGUCUUCGCUAACAUAAUCGUCGCUUUAAUUUUCCUUCUAUCUCGCGAACGCGACGACGAGAGAAGUACUGUUAGUACCGAACCAGAUCUGUACGAUCAAUACACCUCUUCCUCCGCCGUAAUCGUAACCGCCUCCGGUGAGGAUGUGGAGGAUGACGAUUCGAACGACGAGAGAAGUACUAUUGUUAGUACCGAUCAACCAGAACAACACGCCUCCGAUGAGAACGAUGAUUCAAACAAGCAGAUCGUUCCGGCGCUUUUCACGGAGGUGCCUGCGGAGGCUGAUCGGGAGGCGUUAACAACAGAAUGUAAGGGAGUUUAUAGGAGGACGAAAUCGAAGACGAAGAAGGAAAAUAUUCGGCCGGUGACGGAGUUUCGGAGGACGGAAUCGGCGAUAGAGAGACUGAGCAGUGAGGAGUUUCGUUUGAAGGUAGAGAAAUUCAUAAUGGAGAAGAAGAGGAGUCUCGUUCUGGAAAACGACGCUGUUCAAUGGCAAGGGCUUGUUUGUGCUGUCUAUGGCUCGUGCUAAAAGUUAACUAGCAAGUAUUAAAAACAUAUAUAACUGGGAAGAUAAUUUUAGGAGCCAGUGACUUUUUAAG